AUCAAACAAAUGGUACUGAACUGAUGACAAAAUCAUGUUUCGAAAAUGUAGUAGCUAUUUAUGUUGUUUAAUGACAUUGCGAAUAUAAUAAUUUUUGACAUUUAACUACCGGUAUGUAUCUAAUACGGUUUCGGCAUGAGAAAAGUAUUAAUCGCAAAUUCCAGCACUAACGGAUACCGGGAAACAGAAAUAAGACACCCGGUCACGAAUGCGGAGCCACGCCCUAAAAUAACAUGUGACCACAAGGCGUUUGUGACACAUUCUUUGCGUUCCAACUUUGUCUUAAUUGUCUGAAGGUUCUAAAUUGCUUAUGAGCUUGGCUGCCCUUCAGAAAGUAGCUGAUUCUUGUACUUUACAGCUGUAUUUUCCUACAGUUACUAAUAAUAAUAGCAACAAAACAGAUUUCAUUCCUUAAAAUUAUAUUGCCAGAUGGAAGAAAAUAAUAAGGUAGGCCUAAACUGUAAUAAGAUAUACCUUAAAGACUGCUUGUGUUUAAUAAGAUGGGGUGUAGGCCUACACUGUCUUCAUCCUCUAAACUCUGGAUGUUUACUAACUUUGGGAAGUUGGAAACACAAGCAUCUUCAUAUAAAAUAGGUUGAAUUUGUACCUUUGAAACCAUGUCAGAUUUUCAACAUUAUAUACACUUUCAGAAAAAAACAAUAGGCUGGGCAGCACCUCAGCCCGGGAUCGAACCCCAUCCAGGGUUUUAACUACACCCAGCCCUGCUUAGCUUUAAUAUGUCACUGACUACUACCAAUAUGCUAUUGUGAGAAUUAUUAUUGAGAGAUCUCUUAAUAACAAAAUAUAUUCCAUGUUAAUAUCGAAGUCAUUCCAAGGGGUAGGUUUGACAAAGCAAAUGAGAGUUAACAGCUAUUGUUUCAAUUCAACCCAGAGUUCAACUAAUAGACAAGGAAUACAGUAUGAAGAAGACAUUAAAGGGCUUCACCAUUCACCGGCGGAGGUCAGACGUGCAGAGAAGAAUGUCUAGCCAUACACCCACAGAGGACUCUGGACAUCUUGUCACUAAGGAGUACCUUAGUUUGGCAAGCCAGAACGUGACGCAAGCUAGUAAGAGUGUGCCUCACUUGCACAGUUUGAACCAGGAAGUGACUCUACACAUGGGUGUCAGCGAGAGUUCAAAACUUCUCUGGACUGAAACAGACGAGGGUCUAAUGAACAAUAGUACCAAACAGGUAAUUUCAACAAUCUUGACCUCAUGCGAGGAUCAGACAUCAAAUGCACCUUGCUUCUCCACAGUAGGAAAGAAAAUAUCUGAUAUGUCCCUUGAGGUCAACAUAUUGGUAGGUGGUGUUCUGUCUCAGCUGAAAGACAUCUCCUUGUCAAGGUCCCCAACACCAUGUGAAGACAUGUUUGAACGUCUUCAAGGUUCUCCUGAGCGAACCUCUCCAGUAAGUCUAGAUUGCAGCACGGCUGCCUCCAAAGGCAUUGCAUCUUCCCACAGUCUUUCAACAAAGAGCCUCCAAAAACUUUCUAGUCAUGAGUUCCAAACAAAAGCUGAGAAAGGAGUGAGUGAGGUCCUCUCUAGAUCAUUUAACAUUGUGGAGGAAGGUACAACAGAUAAGUACCUCCAGUCUGUAUCUACAUCCACCACAUCUACUGAUAUUAUACAAACCAUAGUGAAAGAUCUGCAGGAGCUCACCCAGACCACCCAAUCAUCUGACAUGGUAUCUGAAACCUCCCUGCUCACCACUGGACAGGUUUCUGAGAAAAGAAUCUGGUCUGUUGCUCGUAACAUCUACUACAGUCUGCAAAGUAAGAUUACGGAGUUUCUCAGAAAAGAUCUUCAAAUGUCAGACACAACACUUGGUUCAAUCCAAAUCUUUACGUAUCAAAGCAGUCCUGCAUCACAAAGAGCAAGUCUCGGCCAUCUUGAGGUCAACCAGAGCAGUGUUACACCUGGUGGAAACGAUGCCUGUGUAGACGUUCCGCACAAAUUACUACCUAAAACCACUAAGCUCUCAGGAUCCAUGCUGGAGGAUAUUGGCACGAUCCGUUGUAGGAGUGCUGACAGCCAAAAUACAAGAAAUACCUCUUCUUCACGCUCCUCCAUCUCUCUAACACCUACUUCAAAAUCAAAGCAGUCAGAAUGGGACUUCACCUUGCCCGGUACUCCCAUCCCCACUGAAUUAUCUGCUCAGAGUGACUUUCCCAUUGUAAGAAACAUGAUCAUUCAGGACUUGUUUCACACAGAGAACUUACUUCCCCCAGCCUUUGUGGACAAAGUCAGACAAGCUGCUGGGGUGGUAGUGGACGAAAUGGUGGAAAGUGUUGAGAACACACAGGAAGAUGGACAGGGUGCUUCUCAUCCUGACAACCUCCGAUCUGCUGUUAGGAAAUUGAGAAAAAUAAUUUCCACUGGGACCAUCCACAUUUUCAGUCAUGAAUUUGUGGAUAAAGUGAUAGCCCUUCAGGACAGCCACAGCACUCCACAGGUCUUAACAUUGGCAACAGCCAGAAGUGCUUCAGACUCCAUUCUUUCAAGGCUGAAAUGGGGAAAGGAACAAUGUGCCAUAUCCAGGAAGCUCUCCUCUCAGCUUCUCCAGAUAUUUGCUGAAGAGACAGUGAAGGGCUUCGUAAAACAGUGGUUAGAUGAGUAUGAAAAUAUAAACAUUGAUGUUUCAGUCCAGAAUGAACCAAGCACCUCUACUUGCAUGGUCUUUCCUAUCCAGCUCAAUCAGAGCAAGCCAGAGGAUAGUGAUACAAUGAAUCAGCUCACGAAGGUCAUGGUCAACAAAAUGAUGGAUGCCUUAUCAGUUGGCUCAAGUCAUCAAAUGAUCACCAAAGCCAAUGCCAAAUGUUCUUUUGAGUCCGGUACCAGCAUGGCCACCAGUGACAUUGUAGAAGGGAUGUUGGAUUCUGUAAGGGAUAGCACCAGCAGUACUGGAGAGCAGAUCUUCAAGUCCAAGAAAAGCAAGAAAACCAUGUUCAGCAAGAUAUGCUUUAACAUAAAGGUAUAGUACAAGUACAGAUUUUUCAUGAAUAACACUACUUUUGAAUGUAUGAGAUAUUAUUUGUUUAUAUAAUUCAGUAUUUUAGCAUUGUAUUGCCUUUUUCCAGUUGAUAUACUGUACUUUAAGAUAUAUAACAGUUUGUUUUAAUGUGCCUUUUCCCACCAAACAGGGUUCCAAGAAAGUUAGAAAGGACCACUGUCCUCAAAAGUCUAUGGAGUACCAGCCUCAGAACACUUCCCCUACUGUGUACUUUACAGAGUCGAGGACAACUUCUCAUGGCUCCUUUGCCCCAGAGGGAAAUGACAUCGCAUAUUCCUUCCCACCUGAAGAGAAGAGCCGCAAACCCUCCCUUUUCACCAGAAUGUAUAGAGCCAUCACUAGAAGCUUCUCCAACCCAAGAUAAUUUCCCACAGUGACCAUAUGUACAGUGCCUUGCGAAAGUAUUCGGCCCCCUUGAACUUUGCGACCU